CAUAACGUAUGUGAACCAUAUAGACCUCUCGUCGACUGUCACGGUAUGACUGUUAUCAUGUGCGUACGUGGCUGUAGUCGACGCAAGACGCCUUGCUGAUGCCUGUGGGAGUCAACUCGCCAGAGACGGACUGUCACUGUCAUUAGCUAUACAGAUACAGACGUAUUGGCGGGAACAGACUCAGCAGAACAACAAGAGCAGUGGCCCCUUGGGAAAAAGAUCCGUUAUAAAGCGAUCUAAUGGUUGUGCUAUCAUGUAUACAAAUAAAGGUGACACACCUCUUCACAUAGCGGCCGAGUAUGGGUCUGAAUAUAACGUUGAGAUCUUGUUGAAGUCUCGAGCUAAUGUGAACGCUCAGAACAGCAGCGGUGACACGCCACUCCACAAGGCAGCGGGAAGACGAUCUGUGGACUGCGUAGAGCUCCUACUUGAAGCUGGAGCUGACGUGGAUCUGAAGAACAAUGCUGGCGACACACCACUUCACAUAGCUAGCGAGAGAGGGUCAACAAACUCAAUAAGGCUGUUAAUAAAAUUCGGAGCGAAGGUGAACGAACGGAACAACGUGGGAAACACAGCACUUCACCGAGGUGCCAAGAGGCGGUCAGUUGAGUAUAUAAACGUACUGCUGGCAGCAGGCGCUAGCCGAUACCUAAAGAACAUGGCAGGCAACACAGCUUUCCAUUCAGCAGCCGAGAUGGGAGUUCCAGAAUGUGUCGCUGCAUUGCUGAAGGACAUGGGUGAAGUUAACGUCCAGAAUACGAUAGGUAACACACCACUCCACAAAGCCGCAGGGAGGGGCCAUUGUAGGUGUGUAGAUGAGUUGUUGAAGGCUGGAGCGGAUGCAAAUAUUCAGAACAUGAGGGGUUCAACGCCACUUCACAGAGCCGGAAGAAAUUCCCAUGAAUGCCUUAAGCUGAUGCUGGAACAAAGGAUGGAUGACAGUAACAUGUUACCUGGAGAUGAGACAAAGUGGUGGGAUGGAAGUUCUGGUACCUCAAUAGAUGUAAACGUACAGGACGAUAGAGGCGACACGCCUCUACACAGAGCAGCGGAACAGGGCUCUGCGGAAAACAUUGAGACGCUACUUCAAGCUGGGGCUGAUCUUAGAGUGAAGAACAAGAGAGGUGACACACCUCUGCACAGAGCUACAUACAAGGGAUAUAAGGACUGUGUUAACGUAUUAUUGAACACAUUGAGGCCAAAGGAAUGUGCGAGUACUUUUUAAUCUGCCACUGUGCACAAUUGUGGGACACGAGGUCCCCAUUAUGUGUUGUUGGUGGUUUGAAUGUAAUGGGUGUCCUUAUUGACAAGGACAUCUGGAAAUUGUAAAUGCAAAAUACAUAACGGUGGUAUUGAUUUAUGUCUAGCUAGGGCUGGAAUUGAUGCACAGCUGUUGCUGCUGCUGCUGCUAUUGAUGCACAUAUGAUGCUAAUAUUGAUACCUGACUACGGAUAACGGUGACGCUCUGGCUGGUAUUCAUGCAUGGGUGACAUUCAUAUUGAAUCAGAGCCACAAUUGAUAUUGGUACAUGGAUAAGGCUGACAUUGAUACAUGUCUAGUGCUAUUGAUACAUGUCUAAGGUUGAUAUUGAUAAUGUCCAAGGCUGAUAUUAAUACAUGUCUAAGGCUUAUAUUGAUACAUGUCUAAGGCUGAUAUUGAUACAUGUUUAAGGCUGAUAUUAAUACAUGUCUAAGGCUGAUAUUGAUACAUGUCUAAGACUGUUAUUGAUACAUGUCUAAGGCUGAUAUUGAUACAUGUCUAAGGCUGAUAUUGAUACAUGUCUAAGACUCAUAUUGAUAUAUGUCUAAGGCUGAUAUUGAUACAUGUCUAAGGCUGAUAUUGACACAUGUCUAAGGCUGACAUUUAUACAUGUCUUAGGCUGAUAUUGAUAAAUGUCUAAUGCUGAUAUUGAUAAUGUCCAAGGCUUAUACUGAUACAUGUCUAAGACUGUUAUUGAAACAUGCCGAAGGUUUAUAUUGAUACAUGUCUAAGGCUUAUAUUGAUACAUGUCUAAUGCUGACAUUGAUACAUGUCUAAGGCUGAUAUUGAUACAUGUCUAAGACUGUUAUUGAUACAUGUCUAAGGCUGAUAUUGAUUCAUUUUAAAGGCUGAUAUUGAUACAUGUCAAAGGCUUAUAUUGAUACAUGUCUAGGACUGAUAUUGAUACAUUUCUAAGGCUGAUAUUGAUACAUGUCUAAGGCUGAUAUUGAUACAUGUCUAAGGCUGACGUUGAUAUAUGUCUAAGGCUGAUAUUGAUACAUUUCUAAAGCUAAUAUUGGUACAUGUCUAAGUCUGAUAUUGAUACAUUUCUAAGGCUGAUAUUGAUACAUGUCUAAGGCUGAUAUUGAUACAUGUCUAAUGCUGACAUUGAUCCAUAUCUAAGGCUCAUGAUGAUACAUAUCUGAGGCUGAUAAUGAUACAUAUCUAAGGCUGACAUUGAUACACAUUUAUACACAUUGAUAUACAUCGCUAAGGCGGAUAUUGAUACAUUCUGAGGCUGAUAUUGAUACAUCGCUUAGGCGGAUAUUAAUACAUUCUGAGGCUGAUAUUGAUACAUCACUAAGGCGGAUAUUGAUACCAUUCUAAGCCUUAUAUCGUGUCAUAGCUAUGUCUGAUAUCGAUUCAAGACUAACGCCUAUAUUGAUGCACAGAUGAGACAUAAAUUUAUGACUAAUAUUGAUAUCAGUGCCCAACGAAAGGUGUCCUUAGUGCAUAGCUGCUCUUAACAUUGGUAACGUUGAUUUUAGUAUUGAAUCCGUCACAACGCUGAUAUUAAUGGUACUUGCAUUGACGUGUAACUGAUGCUCAAAACAGUGCAGAGCAAUUAUGAUACUGAAGAAAAUAUAUUUCUGAUAUUGUUAAAAGAUGCUGCAAACAUGCUGACGCUUCUAGCAAUGCACAGGUAAUGCAAUAUGCAGCUUAACCAGAUUCCUAUCCAUACAGUGUAGUAUUUAACGUUAGAAGUAAAAACAAGCAGUUAGUUCCAGCUGUAUGGGGACUCGGAGUGAUGCUAGGUCUCCAGCAACCAAUGCUGGUCGUGAGAGGCUACAUAAGGAAUCGGGUGGACAUGCCCAGAUACGUAGUUGCUUGCGUGUCAUCGUACCCCGACGGGGUGGAUCUUUGCUUACAAUAUCAAUCACUGGAUCGUCCGGUCCACAGUGGAUUGUCGAUAUAGCUUGAAUAUUGCUGAGCGCGGCGUUGCGCAAGGAACAUCUUCUUUUCUGCAAACUGUUUACGCUUUUACAAACGCAUGCAAUGAAUUUAGUAGUGUGUCCAUAACAUAUUUCUCAUAUUACUGAUUUAGAAAAUGAAAGGAAGAUGUUUAACAGAGGAAGGUCGAUGCAAUCAUUAAAAAAUAUAAUAAU